AUGGUGGAUGAUGAGAGAAAUGGAGACUUUGAAAAUUUUGAUGGACUAGGAAAAGUUUUGGUUCCUGCCCAUCGACCAGGGCUGGGUUUUUAUGGAGAUGUUCACUUUGAUGAUGAUGAUGAACUGUGGAUGGAGGAUACAUCAGGGAUCAAUUUAUUCCUUGUUGCUUCUUAUGAACUUGGCCAUUCCCUGAAUCUCUUUGACUCAACCAACACUGAAGCUUUGAUGCCCAUCUUCAACAUAUUCACAGACUUGGCCAGCUUCCACCCUUCUCAAGAUGAUAUGAAUGACAUUCAGUCUCUAUAUGGACCUCUCCCUGCCUCUCCUGAUGACCCUAUGGUGCCCUCCAAGACUGAGACACCAGCCAUGUGUGAUCCUACUUUGUCCUUUGAUGCAGUCAGCACUCCAAGAGGAGUAAUCCUGUUCUUUAAAGAAAAGAUAUUUUGGUGCAUAUUCCACUGGAACCUCGAACCUGAAUUUCAUUUGAUUUCUACAUUUUGGCCCUCUCCUCCAUCAGACUUGGAUGCUACAUAUGAAGCAAAUAGCAAGGAUAUCAUUUUUAUUUUUUUAGGAAAUAAGUUCUGGGCUGUCACAGGAAUUGAGGUACAAGGGGGUUAUCCAAGAGGUAUGCACACCCUGGGUUUUCCUCCAACCAUAGGGAAAAUUGAUGCAGCUGUUUCUGAUAAGGAAAAGAAGAAAACAUACUUCUUUGUAGAGGACAAAUACUGGAGAUUUGAUGAAAACAGCCAAUCUAUAGAGCAAGGCUUCCCCAGGCUAAUAGCUGUUGACUUUCCAGGAGAUGAGCAAAGAGUCAAAAUAGUUUUCAAAUCAUUCAGGUUUUUCUGUUUCUUCAGUGGAUCGUCACAGUUUGUUGACCCUAACGCCAGGAUGGUGUCACAUAUAUUGAAGAAUAACAACUGGAUAUAUUGUUAG